AUGAAAAUAAUAAUUUUUUUUUUUUUAAUUUUUUCGGCAAUAACUUUAAAAUGCUUGUCUUGGAAUGUCUCAUUUCUUAAAGGGAAAAAUAAUUCACUUUGCAACAACUUUGCAAUAAAUUCCAAAAUUUUAAAAAACAAUAAUACUUUUUUUUUACAUACCAUAAAAAAAAAAUAUAUAUCAGAUAAAAAGUUUAAUUUAAGAGAAAAUAAUGAUGAAGAAAAUAUUCAAUCAAAUAAUAAAACUAAUUCAAAUAUUUUUCGAAAUCAAUAUAAUUAUAUACCAACAAAAGAAGAAGUAAAAGAAACACUAGAAAAUUUUAAAAAAGAAAAAUCUUUUUAUUUUACUGAGCAUAGUAUACUUGAAUUAAUUAAUAUAGAAAAUAAUAUUAUUAUAUUAAACAUUGAAGGAAAAUUUUUUGAAGAUAUUAAUAUUGUGUUUUCAGAAAUAACACGCUAUCUUUUGGACAAGUAUGUGGGUAUAUUAGGUGUCAAUCCGUAUAACAUUAAAUCGCUUAAUAUAAAAAGUGACGAUUUGUAA